GACAACAAUGUAGCAUCAUAGCGAGUUUUCCGCGAAUGUCACUCCAUGCUCACGAUUCGGUUCUGCUUUUUAUCUCCCGCUGUUAAAGCUCGAACAGUUCUACUUCACUUACACUCAAAGAGAAUCUUCAAUUGCUCAAAAUUUGUCUCAGCUACGUCAAUUUAAGAAUCUUGAUUCUUUUAAACUCAUACGAACUGGUUUUUCAUGUGGAGAUCUUGUGAGAUUAUGUUAUAGUUGAACCUUUGCAUUUCCAGAGCCAUAAUUUUGAACUUGGCAAAGCUAAUUUUGCUGUUUUGGAAAUUGAGAUAAGAGCUGUGAUCAUUUGUAAUUCUUUAGUCCUUGUUGCAAAAGAGAAAUAUGGGGCAGAAUAAUUGGGAAGCUGAUAAGAUGCUUGAUGUGUAUAUUCAUGAUUAUUUGUUGAAGAGAAAAUUGCAUAAUUCUGCAAAAGCUUUUAUGACUGAAGGGAAGGUGGCCACAGAUCCAGUAGCAAUUGAUGCACCUGGAGGAUUUCUAUUUGAAUGGUGGUCUGUCUUUUGGGACAUUUUUAUUGCAAGGACAAAUGAGAAACAUUCUGAGGCUGCUGCAGCUUAUAUAGAGGCACAGCAAAUCAAGGUCAGGGAGCAGCAACAGCAACUGCAAAUGCAGCAGUUGCAACUAAUGCAACAUCGCAAUGCUCAGCUGCAACGAAGGGACCCUAAUCAUCCAGCUCUUGCUGGUUCUAUAAAUGCUAUGAACUCGGAAGGAAUGAUGGGGCAGCCAUCAGCUAGUGUUUUGGCAAUGAAGAUGUAUGAAGAACGCAUUAAACACCCUCAUUCUAUGGACUCAGAGACAGCGCCGGCUCUAAUUGAUGCUAAUAGGAUGGCGCUUUUCAAGUCAGCAACAAGUCAUCAGAGCCAGCUGGUACAGGGUAAUUCUGGGAACAUGUCAGCAGCUUUGCAGCAGAUCCAAGCGCGGACUUCUUUGACAACUGACAUCAAAAGUGAAGUUAACUUGGGCCCAACUCAGAAAAAUUUGCCCAUGGACCCUUCAUCCAUUUAUGGACAAGCAAUUCUACAAUCAAAAUCUGGACUAGGUGGUGCAGGAUUGAAUCAAGGUGUAACUGGUCUUCCAUUGAAGGGUUGGCCCUUAACUGGAAUUGAUCAAUUAAGGCCAGGCUUGGGUGUACAGAUGCAGAAACCUAACCUGCAGACCCAAAAUCAGUUUCUUUUGGCUUCACAACAACAGCAGGUCCUGGCACAAGCUCAAGCUCAGAGUAGCGUUGGAAAUUCAAAUAAUUUUGGAGACAUGGACCCACGACGGCUAAGUCAGUUGCCUAGGAGUAGCUUGAUCACUAAAGAUGUUCAAUCCACUAGAAAUGAUGGAUCAAUAUGCUCUCCUGUGCAAUCAAGCUCACCAAAGAUGAAGAUGGCCCAGAUGCAGCAUUCUUCAUCUCAACAACAGGACCAAUUACAACAGCAACAACAACAGUUGCAACAGAGUAACAGAAAAAGGAAGCAACACUCUUCUUCCGGAGCUGCUAACAGCACUGGUACAGGGAAUACUGUGGGUCCUUCGCCCAGUUCUCCUCCAUCAACACACACCCCUGGUGAUAAUUUGCAGCAUGGUGUGUCAAAAGGCUUGAUGAUAUAUGGUCCAGAGGGGACAGGAGGUCUUGCAUCCUCUUCUAGCAUGCUGGAAGACAUGGACCGCUUUGGAGAUAUUGCUGCCCUGGAUGAUAAUAUGGAACAGUUUCUUCCUCAUGAUGGAGGGGAUGGAAGGGAUUUAUAUGGAACGCUGAAGCAAAGUUCCACUGAGCACCAAAAGGAAUCUACUAAAGGUUUUACUUUUGGUGAGGUUGGUUGCAUACGGACAAGAAAUAGUAUGGUCACUUGCUGUCAUUUUUCUUCAGAUGGAAAAUUGCUAGCCAGUGCUGGACAUGACAAGAAGAUUGUCCUGUGGAACAUGGAUACCCUACAGACGGAGACAACUCCUGAAGAGCACAAAUUGAUUAUCACAGAUGUUCGUUUCAGACCGAAUUCGUCUCAGUUAGCCACAGCAUCAGUUGACAAAUCUGUGCGAUUAUGGGAUGCAGCCAAUCCAAGCUAUAGCGUACAAGCAUAUACAGGGCAGAUGCCUGUCAUGUCCCUGGACUUUCAUCCUAAGAAAACUGACCUUUUCUGUUUUAGUGACAACGAAAAGGAAGUUCGCUAUUUUACUAUAAAUCCAUUUUCCUGCACUCGCAUUUCUAAGGGAGGUGCUGCACAAGUGAGAUUUCAACCAAGAAUUGGACAUUUAUUGGCAGCAGCAUCGGAUAAAGUGGUGUCCAUAUUUGAUGUCGAAACUGAUAGGCAAACUCAUUCAUUCCAGGGCCAUUCUGAAAUGGUGAACUACAUAUGCUGGGAUGCAACUGGGGAUAUUUUGGCAUCUGUAAGUCAGAACUCGGUGAAGAUAUGGUCUUUGGCCUCAGGGGAGUGCUUUCAGGAGCUUAGUUCUAAUGGAAAUCAGUUCCAUUCUUGUGUUUUCCAUCCAAGUUACUCAACCCUCCUGGUGAUAGGAGGAAUCUCGUCCUUGGAGCUAUGGAACAUAGCUGAGAAUAAGAGUAUGACAAUUGCAGCUCAUGAGAACAUAAUCUCAGCCUUGGCACAGUCCCCCAUCACCGGAAUGGUGGCUUCUGCAAGUCAUGACAGCUCUGUUAAACUAUGGAAAUAGAAGUCCCGAUAAGGCAUUAGCUUCGCAGAAAUCUAUGGAGCAAGCAAUGGAAUAUUGGUUCUGAGAAUCAAGAAGCAGGUGUAGCAGCUUGUUUGGCGGAAGAUUUCAUGGUAGAUUCCUAAUUGGCAAUAGAUCAUGUGUACAGAAAUCCAGUUCUGAUAGAUACUGUUUGAGCUUCUUUUUUUU